GUUGAUAAGAAGAUUUGGAAGUGUAUGUUUUUUGUGGCUUCAAGUUAGAUUGUCAAUUAUGGUAGAUAAAUAAAAAAAAUCAGUUUAUUCCAGUGUUUGAAGUGUUUUGUAGUUUAAUUUGAAGUUUAGUUUGAAGUUUAGUUUAGUUAAUCAUGGAUUUCCUGAGAGUUAUCAAUAUAUUGUUGAUAGUCUUCAUAUCUGCUGAAUACGCUCUCUCUUCAAAACAAGGAGCAGCUAUGUUGGAUAAGCAUGCCGAGACCAGGGGGGAAACCGUAAAGAGACAACCAGAACCACCUAACCACGAAAUCGGGACCCCAGGAAAGGAGAAAAGGGUGCAACAGAGAGCGUCAAUGAUGAUGGAUAAGCAUGCCGAGACCAGGGGGGAAACCGUGAAGAGGAAAGACAAGCCAAUCCAAGAGAAAAGGGCAGCCAAGGGAAAGUGGAAAUCAAUAUAGGGAUCUUUCCGUUGGAGAGCAUGAAGAUGGGGAAAAAAAAAGAAGAACACCAUAAAGAAGAACACCAAAAAGAAGAACAACAAAAAGAAGAAAAACAAAAAGAAGGACAACAACAACAAAUGGGAGUUGAUCCGAAAAAGAAAUAUGGAAAUCCAACUAGAAGAAUUUUCUACGAUGCUGAUGGGAUAUGUACCUGUGGAGAAGAAGCUGAUAACGUAUAUGUGGUGAAACCAGGUGAACAUUUCGUAGAAAAGGAUGAAGUAUUAAUAUGUGCGAAUUCAUCUAGAAUAACUUUCGGUGAUUAUGUGUAUCUAUCCAAUUAUGGACUUCCUAAAAAUGUGGCACAAAAGGAAUAUAUGAUAUGCAUGAUCAGAACAUUUGGGUCAGAUUUCUUCAAUAACGAUUUGACAUCCAAGACUGGGACUGGAUUUAAACUAGGAGUUGCCCACUUUCUAGCACAGUAUGCUGGAUUUGAUAAAUUCAAGCCAUAUCUCUAUCCUGGAGACAAAGAAAUAUAUCAGAAACAGAAUAUUGAUGUUGCUAAAUUCAGAGGAAGUGUUGUCACUUUCAUUAAAGCAUUAUUGAAAAAGCAUUCACGUGGUGAAAAUGAUUACGAAACACUUGACAACCUUAUCGGACCAAUCGAGAGAGAUGAUGACAAUUUGAAGAAACAGUAUGAAGAAAUCGUCAAAACUGCAAUAAGUAUAAGGAAGGCGAAAUUUGAACACGAGGAAAAAACUGGAGAGGCCUACUAUAUUAAGUAAAAGAGGCGAAGUUAGAACUCAAAACCCCUAACCACCUAUCAGAUUGGCUCGAUCUUGACUAUUACUUGGCUGAUGAAAAAUGAUUAUUAUGUUAUUCAUUAUUUAUAAUUAGUUCUUAUUAUUUAUGUCAUUAUUAUAUAUUAAAACACCUUUCUUCUUCUUUUUCAUAUUCCUCUACUUCCUCUUUUUCUUCUCCUUCUUCUUCAUCAUCUUCUUCUUCUUCUUCAUCUUCUUCAUCAUCAUCAUCAUCAUCAUCAUCAUCAUCAUCAUCAUCAUCAUCAUCAUCAUCAUCAUCAUCAUCAUCAUCAUCUUCUUCUUCAUCAUCUUCUUCUUAUUAUUCUUUUUCUUCUUCUCCUCCUUCUUCAUCUUUUUCUUAUCCUUCUUCUUCAUCAUCUUCUUCUUCAUAUUCCUCUUCUUCUUCUUCAUCAUCAUCUUCUUCUUCAUAUUCCCCUUUUCUUCUUCCUCUUCUACUUCUUCUCCUAUCUUAUUUUUCUUCUUCUUCUUCUUAAUCACCUGUCUUCUUCUUAUUUUUUUCUUCUCAUGUCUUCUUGUUUUUCUCCUGUUUUCUCCUUCUUCUUCUUCUCCUUCUUCUUCAUCUUCAUCCUUCUCUUCUUCUCCUUCCUCUUCUACUUCUUCUCCACCUGUCUUAUUUUUCUUCUUUUUUUCUUCUUUUUAAUCACCUGUCUUCUACUUCUUCUUCUUCUCUGGUUUUCUUCUUUUUCUUCGUCUCCUGUCUCCUUCUUCUUUUUCUUCUCAUGUCUUCUUCUUGUUCUUCUUCUGCUUCUUCUUCUUAUUCAUCCUCCUCUUCUUCUUCUCCUUCAUCUUCCUCUUCAACUUCUUCUUCUUCCUCUUAAAAAUCUUCUUCUCCUGUCUUAUUCUUCUUCUUCUUCACCAGUUUUCUUUGUCUCCUGACUCCUUCUUCUUCAUCCUUUUCUUCUUCUUCUUCAUCUUUCUCUUCAAUUUCUUCUUCUUCCUCUUCUACUUCUUCUUCUCCUGUCUUAUCUUUUUUGUUCUUCUACUUCUCCUCCUUCUCAUUCUCCUUGCCCUCCCCCUCCUUCUUCUUCACCUCCUAACAUUAGGAUUAUUUAUCUUAUCCUAGAAAUAUUAUAUAAUUAUCCAUUAUGUUUGUUUUGAACUUUUCUUCAGUUGUUUUAAUUAUACUUUCAGUUCAAUAGAAAUAUUCUUUUAUUAGCAUUUAGAAUAGUUCCCUUUUAUGAAAUGUAUCUAUUUCAUUAUGUUUUUUGCUUUGAUUUACUUUUAUUUUGUUUGUGGUGUUGGGUAUUUUACUAAUAAAGUUUGCUGCAAGUUAUA